UUUUGGCAACAGCUGAGCGAAAAAUCCUGCAGACAGUCCUCCACCGGUGCGGCACCAUGUGCGGAUACUUGAAAAUGGACGACGCGACGGAAACACGACACCGGAACCUACUCACAGGCGCGUGGAAAGGCAGCGCAGAAAGAGUAGAGUUGCAAAGUAUAGGAGCCGGAACUACACGAGGGCACCUGUAAAGAUUUAUCUCACAGCGCUGUUUAGAGAUCGGUGAAGAGCGCAGCAGCGUGAGAACUGCUCAGAAGGAAGGAAAAGGAAACGACGCACCGGUAGAUCUGAAACGGUUUCCCGCGAGACGUACGUUUAGUAAAGUACAUGAAAAAAAACGACAGUAGAUGUUUAGGUAGCUGCGCCAGUUUGGUCUUUACUGUAUAAUUUAGCUUCUAACCCCUGGGGGGUUAUUUUCACACGCCUUGGCACCAUGGACAGAGAAUGUGUGCCACUGCUGCCCCGGGUCUGUGAGGUGCUGGCGGCCUCAGGGAGCUCGCUGCCCGAUGACACCAGCCUGGAGAAACUGCUAGACUGGUUCACAGUGCUCACUGAGGCUGGGGAAUGUCUGCUGGAGGCCUGUCCGUGUCUGCUUGAGUUCAUAUCUACCGUGAUUCAGGACACAGCUUCAGCCCCGAGUGUCCUCUCCUUCACGCUCAGACUCACCGGUUUAUUGGCCGCUGCUGAGGAUGGCUUCAGAGUUCUUCAGGCAUGCUCAGUUCUGGAUCAGGUCUUCAGCUGUCAGCACUUGCAGGAAAUAGGGCUCUGGGAAGAUCCCUGUAUACGGAUUGGCUGGAUCCAGGGUUUAAGGACCAUGCUGCAGCAUCUAGAGGGUCUCAGUUUCUUUGUACAAGCAGAUUUCAUUGAGCCACUUCUGGAACUCCAGACUGACACAAGCCUGUUUGUUGCCUCAGCUGCCAAUCAAAUGCUCGCCCACAUCCUGCUCUUCUGUCAGCCUGCCUCAUCUGUAGGAUGCAGUGGCACAGAUAAGAAAGAAGAUGAUCAGAAUACAUGUGCCUCAGUCACAGUUGGAGAAAACUCAGCUGAUUCCAUGAAAAUAAACCAAGAUUGCACUCCUGUUGUCGUUGCAAUCUCAGAGUAUUUCAAGAGGGCGCUGGUGAUUCCGAAGGGAAGUACACAGGUUCAUCAGUGUAACCAGACCCUCAGACUGCUGGCCCUGCUCCUGCGCCAGACUAAGCCUCCUCUGCAGGACAAGUUGCUGCAGACAGUCACAGCUUCUCUGGAGGAACUGGUGAUGGCAGACUGCAGUCAACUCACACUGCCUCUGAUGGAUGUCAUUCUAGCUGCAUGCAGCUGCACCACUGAUGGACGCCUCCCAGACCAGCGUGUCACCCGUUUUUUAACAUUCAUGUUGAACGUCAGGAAACCUGCUGACCUCGUUCAUGCUGCAGCUGCUUUUCUCCACAACGGCCAAUGCGACUGCGUCCACACAGCCCAGUCUGUGAGAUUACUCCUGCUACCCCUCGAUAUUAUAUCUGGCCUGAAUCUAAUAGGCACAAACGCUGCAGGUAACGCACUCAGAUGUACACGCUUAACAAAAAAUGUGUGUUAUGUAGCAUGUAUGUUAUGGAAUAUAUUUUCUAUGCCUGCAGCAGAUGAGCACAGGAUUUCAAUGACUGAGCAGCUGAAGAGUAAAACCUCCUGCAUCUCCAUAAUUGGCGUGUGUCUAACAAACACACCUCAGGUUGCUGUCAUGGAUCCCGACUGCCUCCCCUGUCCUCCGGUUUUAAUUGUUGCUGCAGUUCUGUCAUUACUGAGGUUCUGCAGUGGUGACUCGUCCUCCUCAUCCGCUGGCUGUAGUGAAGUUUUUCGGAAUGUCAUUGGCAGUGGGAAAGUUCAGAAAUGUGCUCUAGAGGCUCUGGCGGCUCUCAGUAACAGUCCAGGAGUGAAAGUCCAGCUCACUGACGUGUUCACACUUCUGAUACACUGUCUGGACAGUCCUGAUUCUGAUCCCACGGUGCUACAUAAGUCCUACCAGGCCUUGGUAAAGUGGAUGAGUGUUUGCACAGACAUCUCCUCUAUAAAAGAUCAGCUCAGACAAGAUCUCAUCCAGGUGGUGAAGAAGCGUGCGUGUGACAUGCGCUGGGAGGUGCGAGACUCAACGGUGGAGUUUCUGGGACACCUGGCAGGGGUGCGUGUCUGCCACACAUCAUCCGAGGAGGCGUGUGGUGCGUCUGAGGCUCUGCUGGGUGGCUGCUGCUGUACCACUCCUCUCCUCAGGGAGGCUCUGCAGGAUCCAGAGAGUUAUGUGAGAGCUAGUGCUAUCAAAGCACUGGCACAGACAGUGAUAAGCAGCUGGCAGGAGAGGGCAGCACCCGCACAGGAGCAGGCUGAAAUAGUGACCCGGCUGCUUGAGAUUCUCUCCCAGGACACAGAAGGAUUUGCCAGGAGGGCUGUUGUACAGUUCUUCAUCGCCUGGUUCUCUUCACAUUCGUCACACACGCCUCCAUCAUCGCCUACCUCCUCCUCCUGCUCUCUCCUCAUGCAGUCUGUACGCUCCGUCCUCUCACGAGGCAGUGCCGAUCUGGACUGGGAGGUCAAAGUUCACACGUUGGAGCUGGCGGAGCUGCUGCUGGAUAAAGCCUUUUCAGGCCACCUGGGUUACACUAAGGGCUCAGACACACAUCCGGCCCAACCGCACCCGUACGCUGCGAUUCCUGACCGAACCUACGCGCUUCACACACACACAGAGAAGCACACACAGGAUGUGGAGUCAGAUUUAGUCGGGGUGUUGAACAGUCUGGUUGAGCAGGGAGUCAUCUCUGCAUUGCUGAGCGGUCUGGUUGAUUGUGAUAGGCCUGUAGGUUUGAAGGCCUGUAGGCUGCUGAUAACACUCAGAGAGGCAGUUUGUCCACCAUCGCAAGGGGACCUGGAUGUAACUGCUGCCACGGCGCCAGUCUCCAGAGUGUCUUGUGAGCUGCCCGGAGCAGGUUGGGCACAAGAGAUUAGAAAGAUACUGGGUGUAAAGAAUGAAGCUCAUACUCAGACAAAUUUAAAAAGAGCCAAUGUCGCCUAUUCUGAAGACUGUGGCGAGAAAGGAGUGAGUGCUGCAAGUCAUGCUGAGCGUGUCAGUUUGUGUGAAGUGUUGGGGUCUCUGGGUUUGGAUGAGAGGCUGGACAUCCUCACUAGAAGCAGUGACCACGUGCACAACUCUCCCCUCUCUCUACUGCAGGACAUACUGACUGCAAGCACCCCUCACACUCAUGCAAACACACAAACAGGGCAAGAGGUUAUAGUGGACUGCUACUAAGACACACAGACACGCACAGUACCAUUAAAUUAAGUUGUAUUUCCCUUCAUGUUGGUUGAAUCCAAGAGGAGUCACACCAAUUGUGCUGUUUGUUUUGGCUUGGUCAUUGGAACCCAUGUUUUGUGACUCCACUCACAUGCAAAAUCAUCUCCCUGUGAACCUCUACACCAUUUCUUGGACUCCUGUUAUGCAUCACUCCCAGGAUGACCCAGCUUUGAUGUCCAGAGUCAGACUCAGAGAAGUCAUAGACCAAACAUCAGGUGUUUUUUAGUGGAGUCUCCCAAGCUCCAAAGGUGGCGCUGUAGGUGAGAACCAAUACCAGGAGAAUGGUUCUUGGUUUUUGACACUCUUGUGAAUUUGUCCCCAGUGCUCAGACUGUCAGUGCUGAGUUGGGGACUUUUUAAAUGCCCGGACAGGCUAUCAGAGGAGAGAAAAGCCCAAUUUUUAAUAAGCAUAAAGCUGAUCUGAAACCAAAGAAGUGCCAUAUAAAAAUAUAAUUGUAGUCACUCACAUUAGUUGAAUGUAAA